GAAAGUCUCAGUUAAUGAUCCACUCGCAUAAAUUUCAUAGCAAAUUUACGUAUGCUUGUAACUUAUGCCCUCGUAAAUUUACCUCUGUCUUUUGUCUGAGAACUCACAAAUGUGUUAAACUUAAGCAAAGUAAAUAUACUGACAAAACAAAACUUCAUUUCAAGGGUAAAGUAAUAGAAGGAGAGCUGAUGAAAUUCAAAUGUGAUCUAUGUAAUGAAAUGUUUGCAAAACAUUGCUGUUUGCAGGUUCAUAUUUAUUUACAUUCUACAAGUCGUUAUAAGUGUCCGGUGUGUAAGAGGACAUUCACAAAGUGGCGUUUUUUGAAACAACAUAUGAUCAUGAAGCAUGGACUACCGUCAGAUUCUGCUGCUGGGAAAGACAAUGAUCCAAAUCUUUUGUCAAAAACAGAUUUUCAAAGUCAUGUUGUGGCAUCUAAAUCGGAGAUGACUUUCAAAUGUAGAGUAUGUUCAGCUUCUCUAUCAUCUAACGGUAAUCUUAAGAGGCACAUGAAAUUGAAACAUAAGAGCAAUGAAUUGUUUAUAAACUGUGAAAAAUGCAUUGAAUGUGCGGAAAUCCUCAAAGACCUUGAGAAACCAAAAGUACGGACGAAAAGAACAUUCCCAUGUAAUUCAUGUGAACAGACCUUCCCAUCAAAAUUAUUGCUGGGAAAGCACCUAAACGACACUCACAACGUCAUCUUUAACUAUUGUAAGAAAUGUUCAAAGAAAUUUUCAAGUCUUUCAAAUUUGAAACGUCAUGAAUUGAUUCAGCAUUCAGGUGAAGGGAAAGUGCAGCGUAAUUUUAUGUGUAACGAAUGUGGACGAUGCUUUACAGCUAAAGAUUCUCUUCGCGUCCACAUGUUCUCUCACACGGGGGAACGACCGUAUAGAUGUAACCAAUGUAAUGCUACUUACUCGCGGUCUAGUCACCUUCUUCGGCAUAUAAAAGUCAAACAUGAGAAUAAGUUGAACAAUAUUUGCAAUUUCGAAGGAUGUGGAAAACGUUUCUACGAAGCAAGCACUCUGAGAAUUCACCAAAGAUCGCAUACAGACGAACGUCCAUACGAAUGCCCACAUUGCCAGCAAAGAUUCAGGACACUGAACAACAGGAGAACACAUUUGAGAACACACGUACCUGUAAAACAGUUUGAAUGUCACAUUUGCUUGCAAGGAUUAUCAACGAAACAUAACUUGUUGCAGCAUCUACAGAGGCACGAGGAUGCUGAAAAAAUGAACCCUGGCUCUGUCCAGUAUGAUCCGAAUUUCAAGUCAAAUAAACGUGUGAUAGUGAAAAAAAUGGAAGACAAGCGGUUUGGAUGUAUGCACUGUCCGAAAAUGUUCACAACUUCUCGGGGAGUUUAUGCUCAUCAGAGAAAAGCCUGCCGGGGUGUCAGAAAAGAAAGAAAUAUUGAAAAUGAUACAAGAUACUAUGUUCUGCAGUCAACCCUGUGAAAUUAAAAGGUACAUUAUAAGUUACCAUAUUUAUUAUCAUCAGAAAUGUUUUAACAGUUGCAGUAAUUAUCUUCAAAUGUAUGACAUUUUGAUGAGUGAUAUAAGUUGUCCUCUGAGAGUCAUAAAUGGUCCUUAUCUUGGAGACAUUUAUUGUUCACUUGGGUCUGCAUUCUCUUUGAGAUAUUUAGCAGAUGUAGAGAACGUUAGAUAAAUGUUGGUAUAAAAUGGACUGCAUAUGUAAACAUUUGUCACAGAAACAGAAAGACAAAGUGGUAUUUUGUCGUACUUAAUACUUAAUCACUUUAACUUUACUUUUAUGGCUAAAUAACAAAAGAGGGUUCAGUUUCAUAGCCAACAGUACCAUUUUAGAGAUAGUAACAGAAACCAAAAGAAAAAGGUUUUGAGAAAUAAAAAUAAUUGCAAUUGUUUCUGUGGCGAGGGUGGCUUAAUGGGCUUUUAAUAUGUAAUUCAUGUCUUAAAUAAUGCACAGAUUGGUACUUGUUAUACUUUUCCAUCAACAAUAAUUAAUAGUCACCAUAUGAAAAUAACUUUCAUUGUGUUUGCCUAUUUUGUAUUUAGUAUUAUACAUGGAAUGAAAUUUUAUCGCGUAUUUUAACAAUUUCAUAUUAUUCACUUGUCUGCGACAUGUACAUACAAUUUAAAUGUGAUGUUCAUUAGAUUGAAACUUGAGAAAUAACUAAGUAUAAUAAAUAUUAAUUUUAACUCAUUCUAGCCUUUUGUCUUUGCAUUAACAGAAGCGAGAUAUAUGCAUGUAUAUAAAAUUCCACACACGAUCAUUUGAUGAAAUCUUAUUGCCAAGUCCAAAUUUUAUUCCGGUUGAAGUAUAUUAAUCAUGACAAAAUGAC